ACAAGACCUUAGAUCAUCGAGACGAAAUGAUCCAAUGUAAAUCAUGGUUUAAGUUGAGUGAUGGAGUGGAAAACUAGGUUCGUGCAUGCUUGGAAUACCGUGUAGGUUUCCUCCUCGCUCGCCCGAUGGGUCGAGGCACGUCGCACGCCGCACGCAGCAGCGGACCGCCGGCGGCCGGCGUCCCCGUCUCACAAAUCACAAAUGCCUGCCGGCUGCCGCGCGACCAGAGCCACACGCUUUUAAAAAAACAAAAUUCCCGCGGCACGUCACGGACGCUUACACUCGCUGAUGGCUCUCCGUACUCCUCCCCUCGCGCGCUCGCCAUCGGCAUCGGCCAUCCCCGUCCUCCAGUCUGUACUCGCUUGGCUGCACCCGCGCUCCUGCUCCUACAAAUCACGCCCCCAUCUCCGUCUCCUUCCCCCCCGUCUCAUCACGCCACAGUGCCCUCGCUCUCACUGCGGGACAAACGAACGAGAGAGAGCCCGCAACCGCACCGCAUGGACAGGUACAGGAUCGCGCCGGCGCGGCCGGUCUGCCUCUCCGCCGCCGGCGCCGGCGUCCACCUCCGCCCGGCGGCGGCGCCGUCGUCGGGGCGCCGGUCCAGCGGCGCCGAGAUCGGCAUCUUCACGGCCGAGCGCUACUUCAGCGCGGCCGACGUCGGCAGGCGCGACGCCGCCAUGAUCCCUGCGCCGCCCGCGCCCGCGCUCGCGCUCCCUGAUCACGAUCACGACUACGGCCUGCCGCCGCGGCUGUCCGUCCCAUCGGUGGCGGACGUGGCCAGCCAGAGCGGCCGCACCGUCGCGUCGUCGGAGGCCAGCUGGAACAGCCGGUCCGGCCUGCUCUCUGCCGGACACCUGGCCGCGGCCAGGCAGCAGCAGCAGCAGCACCACACGGGGAGCAUUGGCGCCGGCGCCGCGGCGGUAUAUGGCAGCGAUCAGGGUUACCGCGGCAGCAGGAGGACCGGUGGUGGUUCGAACGGCCAGCGCUGGACGCUGUUCGGCCGCGACUGCCCCUGCGCCGGCAGGAAGGCGGUCACCGUCGACGUCGCGUCCGAGCCGAGGAGCCCGGCGACGACGGCGCACUUCCACGCCAAGUUCAGCCCGCAGUGCGCCGUGGAGGAGUGCCUGGAGAGCGCCAUCUUUAAGGCGAAGCACCCGUCUCCUCCGAGAGCCGCGGCGACCGAGGAGGAGGAGGAGGAGGAGGUGCCCACCAAGGUGAAGGUCACGGUAACGCCGGGGAGCCGCGCGUUCCCUCUCGCCGCCGACGUGCCGUUCACCGCUUUAAGCAAUCCCGACAUCGAUCGCCGCGUCCUGAGCUCCGGCGGGUUCACGUUCCCAGCACUCGGCGCGGCCAGGGUCGUCAGCGGCGGCGGCGUCGGCGGCAUCUUGGACGAGCCGCCGCGCGUGUCGCUGGAGGUGUUCCGCCCCAUCGACGAGGACUCGGUGAUGCUCUCAGACCCUCCGCCCGCCACCGUGCCUCUGGCGAGCCGCGUCGGGCUGCUCCCGCGUGCUCCGCCGGCGGUUGCGCCAUUGGUGGUGGACGAGGAAGCGAUGAGCGACGCGAGCUCGGACCUGUUCGACCUGGAGAGCUUCGCGGCGUCCUCCUCGUACCCGACCACGUACCCCGGGCGGGGAAGCCGGCGCAACUCGGCCGACGACGACCUGCCCUACGUCUCCGCGGUGGCCGCCGAGCCGGCGCUGAGCGAGUGCAUGUACCCGGCGAGCGAGGCGAGCGUGGUGUGGAGCGUGGCCACGGCCGAGGGUGGCGCGUUCGACGCGGCCAGCAUGGCCAACUUCUCCAGCGCCGCGUCCGCGUGCUGCGUCGACGACCUCCGCUACGUCGUCCCGCCAGAUCAGUCCCCCGAGACCGGGUUCACCGCCGCCAUGUCCCGCAGCGCCCGCCGGAAGAAGAGCGGCGGCGGCGGCGGCGGCGGGUUCCUCAGCAGCUGCCGGUGCGAGAAGGCGGUCAGCGUGGGGCCCACUCCGGUGCGGGUGGUCCGGCCGCCGACUCACCCGGGCGCGGCAGCAGCCAAGAGGUCCGGUGACGGCGCGUCACGGUACCACCACCACGGCCGCGCUCACGUGCCAGUCCGGACGUGACACGCCGCCAUCAAGUAGCCGGCGGCGGCGCGAAAUGAACUAUGUACAUGCGCGCACGAGGUUGCCUUUUUUUUUUUUUUGCCGGUGGGUUUCUGAUAAUGACAUUGUCGCUAUGUACAGUACAAA